GUGCACGACGUUGGGCCGGUAUCCAAUGAAGAGCAUGACGCUGCCGCCAGCUCCCUGCUGUACAGAAAGAAGAGGGAGAAGGAGGAGGAGUUGAUUUUACUGUACGAGAAGAAGGCGAAGAAUGGGGAGGGUGAUUUAUACAGUCUUGUCGCCGUGAACCUGAAAGACAAGCUGCCGCAGAUAAAAGAGGUGGUGCAGCAUUGGACUGCAUUGGACAAGGCACUAACAAACUGCGCUUCCACUGGCACUGUUGACCCGCGGAUAAAGAAUGUGUGUAGGGGCCCUAUUCCCACCAAAGGACUGGUUGGCCUCUUGUCGAGCACAUGGGAUGGCACUGCAUGGAAGGACGAGUACCUCGGUGUGAACGCAACGGUGAAGACUGGAGAACUGGCAAGCGAUGAGUGGGGCGUGACGUUCAAAGGUGCUGGGGCGGGGGCGGAGUGGCCGGUGGGCAGCAAGGGGCAGAACCAGCCGUACUACUUUGCGAACAACAAGUUCACUCUUGUGGCGACGGUGAUGAUUAACGCGGUGCCGGAAAAAGCCAGCAGCCCAAUUCCUUUGAUGGGUGUGAGGAUGAACGACGCAAACAGCACUGUGCUUGUUGGCCUGUCGUACACGAGGGACGGGAAGUGGGAGGUGACGGUCAAUGGUGAUCCGCAGGAGCUCUCAGAUGACGGUUAUACGUGGGAGCCAACGAAAAUGUAUCAGGUGGCAAUGAACAUGAAUUGGGAUGAGUUCUCUGUCUUCGUUGACGGGGCCAAUAUAUACGACAGCGAUGAUGAUGAAGAUGAGGAGGGCACCGUUUCUAAGAAUGUGGAAGCCCUGUUCAAGUCGCACCGGAUCUCGCACUUCUACUUUGGCGGUGACAGCGCGGCGGAGGGCACAGCAACCAGCCACGAUGUGACGGUGUCCAACGUCCUGCUGUACAACGAUGCACUUUUUAGCAGUGAGAUUGGGAAGCUCAAAGCGAGCAAAGUCGAACUUCCACAGCCGGCUGCAGAGAAACAAACAGAGCGGGAGGACGAUUCCUCGGUGACCACCGGUGGUCUAAACGAAAAGAACAAUGCUGCUGAUAAUUUGCUUGAUGAAGAGCGGUCACCAGCGGAUUCGGGGGCUGGGAAUGCAUCGCCCUCUGCCCAGGGGCCGGUAGCUUCGCCACCAUCACCUUCCACGUCGGAUUUCUCAGCAGAAGAGGGGGACCAAACAAACGACGUAGGCACCAAACUAUCGGGGCAGGAGGACGCGACACAAACACCGCCGCAACCAUCUUCUGAGGGCGCCUCUGAGGCACAUCACGGUGGGGAUGCUGCCGGAGGAUCUGACGAAGGUCGCACCUCGAACGAGGCGGAAGAAGAGGGGGAAAUGAAGGAAGAAGAGGAAGAUGGCAAUGAUGUGUCGGGGCUCCCACUGGCUCCAUCAUCAUCAUCACCGGACAUGAAAUCGGCUGCUACACCGGGUGAAGAUGCGCCGGCUGCUGUGGCGCCUGAAAACGCCAGUGGGAAGCAAAUGCUUGGCCCCGGAGCGGAGCACGUUGCACCUGAAGCGGCGGUGGGAUCAGGCGGCAGCUCUGCUGCAAUCAACGAUGCCGGGAAUAACGCUCCGGUGCCUGCGGGGCCACUACAACCACCACCGCCGUCAAGUGGUGAGAAGGAGGGAGAAGCUGCAGAGCAGCAAACAAGCGAUAACGCAGCAGGUGCCGCUCUACCAGGCGCUGGUGCCGCAGCAACUGGAGCUGCAAACGCCAGUGGGAAGCAAAUGCUUGGCCCCGGAGCGGAGGCUGCUGCACCUGAAGCGGCAGUGGGCCCAGGCGGCAGCUCUGCUGCAAACAGUGACGCCGGGCAGGCUCCCGCGAAGGACACAAGCGACAUUUCUCCGCCCGGCGCAGUUGAGGUGUCUAAUGGAGACAAUAAGGAGGCGUCGCAGGGAGCCGACAACGCCCCGGCUAAUAAAACCGCUCUACCCGAACCUCAGGCGAUUCCCCCGACACGCAACGCGGCACCGCUUUCUGGCAACGUCUCCGCUACCUUCAAGAACAUCACUGGCGUGAGGCUCGAUGAAGGAGGCGGUGACGGCGCUGAGUACGGUGGAUACGUGCGGCGCCUGUUGCUGCUUGUCCUGCUGGGGCUGUGGGGCAUUGCGGCUCUCUCCGCUGCGUAA